AUGUUCAGGCCGACAGGUCCACACUCCGUACUCGACUCGUCCUCCAAAAGCGCUUUCCACACCCCGAACCGACCACAGCUGCGCGAGCCCCAUUCGGAACACUUCUUGUUUUCGCAGCAGAAGCCAUUGACGGCAGUGCCAGCGCAUCUGCAGAACAGCCCUUGGGAGCCGCGUACACCCUCGAAUACCUUUGACUUCAGUUCAGGCGGAGAAACGCCAAAUACGCCUGCACAGGAGAGCGAGUGCGCGACACCGGACACACAGAUAGCGGAGAGGAUGGGCCGUUUGAUGAGCGGAGAGGAGCUGAGCACAAGUCCCAAGAAGAAUCGGCGUGACAGCUGGAUGGCUCUCAAAUCCGUGUUUUCGUCCAGCUCCAGCCCUGCAAAGGAGACCCGGAAACCGUACAGUACCAAAGCCGAACAUCGGGUGAUGAAGCGUCGCUCCAAGAACCGAAAAAGCAACUUGCGGGACGGCUAUGAAUCGGACAACACGCAGCUAGGUAUACACACCGGUAACCACCAGAACACAGAGAGACCUGGCUACGCGCGCCAGGCCGGCGACCUCCUCUCCUGGGUUGAGGCUCACCCGCAGCUGCCAUCGGUGUUAUCGACCUGGUUUCAACUCAUAGUGAACGCCCUUCUCGGCCUAACGGUUCUCUACAUCAUCUAUAUAUUUUACUCUGGUGUUCAAGCAGACAUAGGUAUCGAGGCGAAGAAGCAUGAAGCUGAAGCCAUGCGGGAGAUUUCCGUCUGCCACAAGUCAUACCGCGAGAAUCGCUGCGAUCCCGACACACGAGUCCCCGCCAUGGAGUCUGCUUGUGGAGCUUGGGAAGUGUGCAUGAGUCGCGACCCAAAAGCAAUCGCCCGAGCCAGCGUUUCUGCGAAAACUUUCGCCCAGAUAUUCAAUGCAUUUGUCCAGGAAUUCAGCUACAAGAGCAUGGUAGGCCUAGUCUUCUUCUUCCCCCUUUUGUACCUUUCCAUCAUCUUACCCCUGGAGCGAAAUCGUCGUUUAAACUGUCAACAUCGUCACGAUGAUUCAUCACGUCAUCCUCCUGCGAGUCCUGGGUCAGGCUUCUGGUUCCAGAAGGCGGUAGACGGACAAAAGUGGCGGAUUGAGCAGCACGAGCAGCAGAAGGAGCGGAAGGGGCACAAGUGUGACUUGCCAUUGCUGCGGCAAGAGUAGCGUAUCUCUUCCUAUAACUGUGGCUUGACGAACCCCUUGAGCACCAUGGACUCGUACAACAUUUCCCAAUAUGGCUGACC